AUGCGACGCUCAGUCCUUGUCUUCCUGCUCAUCGCAGUCGCCAUACUGACUUUCCUCCUCCAUUCCGUCUCAACUCUAAUCGCACUCCUCCUCGAAGAUGCCUCAGCCGAUGCGAUACAGAAGUCCGAAUUACCUGCACCGAAUUCGACCCUCCUGACUUCUCGUCCACGACUGAUCCCCAAGAUCAUACAUCAGACAUACAUUAAUGAGUCCAUCCCACAAAGAUGGCAGGCGGCACAACAAUCUUGCAAAGAUUUACAUGAGGACUACGAGUACAUCCUAUGGACCGACGCCAUGGCACUUGAAUUUAUAGAGAAGGAGUAUCCUUGGUUUACCACCACUUUCAAGAGUUAUCCUUACCCCAUACAGCGAGCAGACUCGAUCCGAUACUUCGUCCUAGCCCACUACGGAGGCGUCUACAUCGAUUUAGACGACGGUUGCAAGCGCCGUCUCGACCCUCUCCUUUCCUACAACGCCUUCGUCCGUCGCACCAUUCCUACCGGUAUCUCAAACGACGUCAUGGGCGCCAUACCACAACAUCCCUUCUUCCUCCACGUCAUCGAAAGCCUCCAGGGCGCCAAUCGAAAAUGGGUCCUCCCCUACAUUACCAUCAUGGCCUCGACGGGUCCUCUCUUCCUCAGCGUCGUCUGGAAAAAAUGGAUGGGCGAACACGCAGACCUCGAAUCUCAAUCGCAGAACUUGCAGAAUAGUGCCACGAGUUCACUGACGGAAUGGAAAGGUCGUGUGCGUGUCCUCAUGCCCGACGAGUACAGUAGACACACCUGGUCCUUUUUCGAGGAGUACAAGGGUGACAGCUGGCACGGCAAGGAUGCACAACUUAUCUUUUGGAUGGGCAAGAAUUGGAUGUUGCUUACUGCUGCCGGUCAGAAGAGAAAGGGGUAUGCUAUGGUGGCGCCGAACGGAAGCCCGAAACUUGUCCCUAGCAGAGCGAGUUCGAGGGCAAGUCCUAGAAAAGGAGGCUUCAGCUCGUGGAGAAUUUGGACCAUGGGUGGAAAGGCUCAAGAAAGAUAUGAGCUUGUUGAGCAACAUGAUGCUUGA